UAACAACCGUGUAUUGCACAGGAUUUUAAUCUAGUGUUGACACUAAAGCGUUGACCCAAUGUUCUUAAUUAUUGGGUUAUUAAUGAGCUAGUAAUUGUAAAUUAAACCCAAUUAAAAAAAAAUAGUCUUGAUUUUCUUCGUCUUGAGUCCUGACCCAAUGACUUUUCCAUCCUAAAAAGAAAGCCCAAUUGAAAAAAAAAAGAAAAAGAAAAUCGAGCAUCGAUGACAACCUCGAACCUUCCUAAUCUCCGCUGUUCCUUUGUAUAUUUUCAUUUUCCAGUUUCCAAUUUCAACUGUGAUUAUAUUUAUUAUCACUCGUAUUUAUACAUCACCCCUAAUUAAAUAAUUCCCUUUUUUUUCGUGCUUCUCACUAUUCAACCAAUUCCACUGGUCGAUUAUAAUUUCUGGGAUUUGUUUAUAAUUUGUACAAGAAUUAGGGUUUAGAAAAUGGAAAGUGGGUUUGAGGAAUCAAUGAAGGCUGAAUCAAGCUCAAGUAAUGGAGAAUCAAAAGAUAAUAACAAUAACAAUAACAAUAAUAAUAAUGAUGCUGGUGAUUUUGAGUGUAAUAUUUGUUUUGAAUUAGCACAAGACCCAAUUGUUACACUUUGUGGUCAUCUUUAUUGUUGGCCUUGUUUGUAUAGAUGGCUUCGAUAUCAUUCUCAAUCCCAUGAAUGUCCUGUUUGUAAAGCCCUUGUUCAGGAAGAUAAACUUGUGCCAUUGUAUGGUAGAGGAAAAUCCAAUACUGACCCUAGAUCGAGGCCGGUCCCGGGUGUCGAUAUUCCUAAUCGACCAUCCGGGCAACGCCCUGAAACCGCCCCGCCUCCCCCGGGACCAGAACAAAGUUAUUUCUCUAAUUUGGGGUUUGGGUUGUUUGGUGGGUUUAUGCCAAUGGCAACUGCUAGGUUUGGGAAUAUGACUAUGUCUGCUGGGUUUGGUGGACUUUUCCCUUCAUUGUUGAGUUUACAGUUUAAUGGGUUUCCUCAUAAUCCAAUGUAUGGGACCGCCCAUGGGUUUCCUUAUGCUUAUCCACAGGCGGUACAUGGUAAUGCAAUGCACCAAGGUCAUGGGUACGAGCACGGUCAUGGGUUCCAGCAGCAUCAUCAUGGUGGUGUUGCAACUCCUGCUAGUCAAAGGCAAGAUUAUAUUCUCAAGAAUUUGUGUCUCAUUAUUGGCUUCUGUUUUUUGGUGGCGAUGCUCUGGUAAUUGUUUAGCUUCGAUUCCUUUUUGAUCUUGUACAAUUUUUUAGCACAUUUUCCAUGUUAGCUGAGGAAGUUGUCCAUAUAAUAAUAAGAAGCUUAUGAUCACUUCCAGUGGUUUUCAUCAUUGUUGGAAUGUAACUAAUUGAUGUAUUUUGCUUUGCGUGUCAGACUCUGAGUAAUUAAAGAAAUUAAAACUCUAUAAUUGUUGUUAUCA